AUGGCGAAUCUCUUCUCUCGUUAUCUUCACACCAUUCCAUCCCCAUCGCCAUUUAAAUCCUCCAUUAUUGAUUACCUCACAGAAUCCUUAGGAUUUUCCAAACCACGAGCCCUCUCACUAUCCACUCGGUUUUCAUCCUCCGAGACCAACCCACAAUCCGUUAUUCAACUCUUGAAGUCUCUCGGAUUCAACAGCACCGAUAUUCAAAAUUGGGUAGACGAAUCUCCUCAAAUCCUUUUCGCAGACGCCGAAAAAACCCUAAAACCAAGGAUUCAGUUUUUUCAAAAUUUGGGUCUCGCUGGUUCUGAACUGAGUAAGUUCAUUUCCAAAAACCCAGGUUACUUAUCUAAUCGUUUUGAACGACUGAAACCCUGUGUUGAUGUCAUAAAAGAGCUGAUGAAUCAUGACAAUGAGAAUCUGAUUCGAACAUUGACAAGAUGUAAUUGGGCUGAUAUUAAGCAACCGGUGACAAGAAUCUCUGCUAAUAUCAAAUACUUAGAACAAUGCGGAAUUGUUGGGUCACAACUUGUAACAAUUACAACAAGACAACCAAGACUGUUGAUCAUGGGUGAAUCAGAGCUUAAAGAUCUUGUAUCCAAGGUGUUGGACAUGGGAUUCUCACUCGAUUCAAGAAUGCUGGUUCAUGCUCUGUAUACCUUGAGCUGUAUGAGUGAUGAAACAAUUAAAAGAAAGUUUAAAUUAUUCCAAUCAUUUGGGUUCACUAAAGUCGAAUGUUUAGAUAUGUUUAAAAGGGCUCCUGGAUUGUUUAGAGUGUCUGAAUCAAAGUUAAAUCUUGGGAUUGAAUUCUUCUUAAAUACAGUUAAGUUUGAUAAGGCUGUGUUAGUUCGUCGACCUACUUGUUUGAUGCUUAGUUUGGAAGAACGAGUGAUUCCCAGGUAUAAAAUUUUAAAUAUUUUGACCUCAAAAAAGAUUUUGAAGAAGACACCGAAGUUUCUUAAUGUGAUGUGGUUGCCUGAAGAUGAGUUCUUGGAGAAGUUCAUAUCUAAGAACAGAGAUUAUGCCGAUGAGUUGUUAUUGGCUUACAAAUGUGGCGAUUUGGUUGUGCCAAAAGAAUGA